UUUAACUCUUACAGGCCUGUAUCAUGGCAUAUUUAUUAACAUUGGAGACAUCAUCACAGGUGUUGUUGUCCAUAGCAAUUAGCUUUUAACAGUCACCUCUACAAGUUAAAAAACAAAAGCAAAUGUUGGAUUGUUUACUGUCGGCAACAUCACUGGUAAUAUUUGCCUUCAUGUUAAUAAAUUUGCCCCUAUUUGUACCACUGAAACAAUGUAGCAAUAGUCGUCAGUUCCUCCAUUAAAGAUUCCAGCUGCAUAAUGCCUUGUGAAUGUCUGUGUUUCUUCUAUUCUUGGAUUUUAACAGGCUACAGUGGCAGAGACCAUGCAUUAAUACAGUAAGUAUGUGGGUAGGGGGUCAGAUUUAGACGAGUUAAUUUUUCCUAGCAGUAUUUUGGGUUCAAGAGGGAGAUUGGGAUAUUAGAGUUCAGUACUAUUUAGGCUACCCUAGGUCUAUGGCAAGUGUUCUCGUAGGCUUAUACGAUUCAUGUUUAGAGUCCAAGGGUGAAUUGUAAAAUGAGUGAUAAUACACACAUUCCAUAUGUAUAUAUAUAGCUGUCUUGUAGUACUGGUUGUGCAUGAGCCACUGGAAAGAUGAUACAUAAGAUGAAAAUGAAGUGGAAUUAUACAUCUGUCACUGCUCUGCUGCUUUUGGCCAUUUCAGUCCAACCAUGUACAGGGGUAGUGAUCUCUAAUCUAGAAGCAGAAAAAAACCCUACGUUUUGGAAUGACCAGGCAAAGGAGACUUUGAAAAAUGCUCUAAAUCUGAGCCCCAUCACACACCGAGCCAAGAAUCUCAUCAUGUUCCUGGGAGAUGGGAUGGGAGUUACGACAAUAACUGCAGCUCGCAUAUAUCAGGGACAGGUGGAAGGACAACCCGGAGAAGAGAAUAUUAUGGCUAUGGAAACAUUUCCUUAUGUGGCCCUUUCUAAGGUAUACAAUGUAGAUGCACAGGUCCCAGACAGUGCCGGCACUGGAACAGCAUAUUUAUGUGGUGUUAAGUCCAACUCUGGAACACUUGGUGUAAGUGCCGCUGCAACGUACGGAAACUGUGUUUCAUCUAACGGCAAUGAGGUGACAUCUAUACUACACAGAGCCAAACAAGCAGGUAAAUCUGUAGGUAUCGUGACCACUACUCGUGUGCAACAUGCCUCUCCAGGUGCAGCUUAUGCUCACAGUGCCAACCGUAACUGGUAUUCUGAUAAUGAAAUGACUCAAGAUAUGAUCAAUAAAGGUUGCAAGGACAUCGCCUAUCAACUUGUGCACAACACAGAUAUUGACGUAAUACUAGGAGGUGGAAGAGCCUACAUGUACCCAGCAGGAACACCCGACCCUGAAUAUAUUAAUAGCACUUCAAGUAGAGGUCUCCGCAAAGAUGGCCUCAAUCUGACUGAUUUAUGGCUGAGCAAGAGAAAGAAUGCCAAAUAUGUGUGGAAUAAAGCAGAAUUUGAUGCUGUGAAUGUAGAUACCACAGAUUACCUUAUGGGUCUAUUUGAGCCAAAGGACAUGAAAUAUGAACUGAACCGUGAUAAAUCCCUGGACCCAUCACUUGCUGAGAUGACUGAAAAAGCCAUAAAGAUCCUCAGCAAGAAUCCCAAUGGCUUCUUCCUCUUUGUAGAAGAUAUUGGAAGAAUUGACCACGGGCACCAUGAUGGAAAUGCAAAGCAGUCGUUGACUGAGGCACUUGAGUUUGACAAGGCUGUUCUCAGAGGUGGGCAGCUGACCAAAGAAAACGAAACGCUCACUGUGGUAACGGCAGACCACUCACACGUUUUCACCUUUGGGGGCUACACAGACCGAGGCAACAACAUUUUUGGUCUGGCCCCCAGCCGAGGUUCUGAUUUCAAGCCAUACACUUCACUGCUGUAUGGAAAUGGACCUGGCUAUCCUCUCCCCGAUGCGGAACGGGCCAAUAUCACAGGUGUUGACACAGGAAGUGACUCUUACCUGCAGCAAGCUGCUGUCCCUGUUGUAUCAGAAACGCAUGGUGGCGAGGAUGUGGCUAUCAUGGCAAAAGGCCCCCAAGCUCACCUCUUCCAUGGUUUCCAUGAGCAGAGCUACAUUGCCCAUGUCAUGGCUUAUGCUGCUUGUUUAGAGCCCUACACUGAAUGCCCUGAAACAUCUGGUUCUUCGAUCUACCCAGCUACCAUACUGCCACUGCUUACUGCUUGGCUUGUGUAUAUGACCCAGUGGUGAUUUCUGUUAGAAUAGGGAACUGAUAAAUGCACUAAUCGCCUAAAACAAAACAUUUCAUGACUGUACUGCUUCCAUACUCUCUUUUUUUCUGUAAGUGAAAUUGCUUAUGUCUUAAAUGUACUGAGCAGUGUUUAAUGGCAAUUUAUUUCUAUGUGUUUCCAAUAAAAAACUGAUAAAACAUAGAAUUGUUCUGAUGCAGAGGAAAUCCAGAAUAUGGUUAAGUUACAAAAAUGAAUGUUAGACAAAGUCUUGAUUUCUCCACCUAAAUGUUCUAAAUAAAAUAUAAAACCUUUCUGAAAAA